UUGCUUCCAGGAACUGGGCAAAGGUUGGGGAAAGUUCGGCGCAGACUUGUGUUUCCUGCAGCUCUACUGGGUGCAGUGAGGGACAUCAAUCUAUCGCUCCUGCUCCCGCUGCAGCACAGAUGAGGCUCCCCUGGGGCUGCAGCCACCCCAGCCUCACCGGCCAUGCCAGGGGCCUCCUGACUUCCCUCAUCACUCUGCUCCUCCUCCGGCUGGGCUCAGCCCAGCUCAGAGUGGAGGGACCAGGACACCCUGUCACUGCCACCGUGGGGCAGGAUGUCGUGCUGCCCUGCCACUUGUCCCCUCAACGCGAUGCUCGCAGCUUGGAGGUCACGUGGAUCCGGGAUGAUUUGUCUGAGACAGUGCACCACUACCACAAUGGAGAGGACCUGUACGGGGAGCAGAUGCGGGCAUAUGCCGGGAGGACAGAGCUGGUCAGAGAUGGUCUCUCUGCUGGAAGCCUGGACUUGCGAAUCACAGGGCUGAGACCCUCUGAUGAUGGCCAGUACGUCUGCACUGUGAAAAAUGCUGAUGCUUAUGAUGAAGCAACGGUGGAGCUGGUGUUGUCAGCCACAGGCACUGACCCCCACCUCUCCCUGGGGGGCUACGAGGCCGGAGGCGUCCGGGUGCGGUGUCGAUCGGCCGGCUGGUACCCGCUGCCACAGCUGCUGUGGAGGGAUGCUCGCGGGCAGCACCUGCCCUCGGUCUCCCAGACACAUUCCCAGGACCAGGAGGGGCUCUUUGAAAUCGAAGGCGCCAUCAUCGUGACCGGGAACGAGGAGGGGCCCUUGUCCUGCGUGGUCAGGAACAGCCGCCUGCAGCAGGAGUGGAAAUUUUCCCUGCACAUCGCAGCUCCCUUCUUCCACAAUGCCCAGCCCUGGAUGGUGGCUCUGGCUCUGGUCCUCGUGCUUUUGGCUGUGUCCAUUGGCCUCGGUGUUUAUCUCUUUCGAAAGCAAGCGGCACAGAGACGAGAGCUGGUGGAACUGGCUGCCAAACUGGAGGAACAAGCUGCACUGCUGGAUGAAUACCGUGCAAAGGAUGUGCAGCAAUCUGCAAGACUGAAGGAUCUAACUGCAGAUCUGUUGAGGAAGGAUAAAGAACUCAAGGAAAAAGAAGCAGAGCUGGCACAAAAAGAUAAAAAGCUGGUGAUGAAGGAUAAAGAACUCGAGGAAAAAGAAGCAGAGCUGGCGGAACUGAAAGCAGAGCGGGAUGUAUACCGUCAAAAGGCCGAGCGCCAAUCUGCAAGACUGAAGGAUCUAACUGCAGAGAUGGAUAAAAAAGAUGCAAAGCUCAAGGAACAAGCUGCAGGGCAGGCACGGAGAAAUUUUCUGCUGUCUCAUAAUACAGUGAAGGUGACCCUGGAUCCACGCACGGCUCAUCCCAUGCUUGUCCUGUCUCAGGACAAGAGCAGUGUGAGAUGGCAAAGUAAAUGGCAGCAGGUGCCCAAAGCCCCGGAGAGAUUUGACACUAGUUGCUGCGUUCUGGGCCGUGACGAGUUCAGAGAGGGGAGGCACUGCUGGGAGGUGGAGGUAGAGGGGGAGAAGGGAAAGUAUUCAAGUUUGGCUGUGGGGGUGGCCAGGGCAUCGGUGAAGAGGAAGGGGGAGAUCAACAUGAGCCCUGAAGAAGGGAUCUGGGCUGUGCAGUACAAGGAGGGGCAGCUCAUGUCUCUCACAUCUCCUCACACCCCCUUGUCCCUGUCCCCUGUCCCUACAAGGAUCUGGGUCUGUCUGGACUUUACCCAGGGGCAGGUGUCCUUUAUCAAUGCUGACAAUGGGGUCGAGAUCUUCAUUUUCACAGAUGUCUUCCUCAAAGGGGAGAGCAUGCGCCCCUGGUUCUGGCUGGGGACGAAUGCCCAGCUGUGCCUGAGGGAUAACACCCUGUAGACCGUGUCCUCAGACCUGGGGAGCUCCUGUGAUUCUCCAGCCACUCCUGCAUCACCUCUCCUUCAUCCUGCAGGAGCACUGCAGGAAUGAGGGGCAGUGGGGCAAGGGGCUGCCCUGUGUUUCUCCCUUCACGCUGAGACCUGCCAUAGCUGAUGGGGGUACUGACUUCAGGCAGCCCUUUUACUUUGUUUUUGGGAACCAUGUUUCUAACUCCAGUGAUGAAUUUGGCUUUGGGUAUGAAAUCAUGAAGUAUAUAGCAGGAAUUUAG